CAAAUUAUUAUCAAAUUGUAUCAUGAUAUCAAAGCAUAGGUUUAAACUCUAGCCUUUUUUUGAGACUGUGCUUCACCGCCGCUCUCCUCCCUCUUGCCGGUCGACCGUAAACGGCGACCAUGGCUCAACCUUCAGAUCUGCUUGCUUCGCUUCCUUCUAGCGUCAAGCUUCUUCUCCGCAAUCUCCAUAAUCUUAUCUCAGAGAAGCUCACCGAUUCAAAUUAUCCUGCAUGGUCUCUCAAUGUCAAAACUGCUCUCGAGGCCAACCUUCUUCUUGGUUGCAUCGAUGGUCAUGAAGCCGCGCCUCCAAAAAUCCUAUCCAAGGAUGGCAAGGAAAACCCUAACCCAGAAUUCCAAACACGGACUGUGAUCGAUACUCAGAUCCGUGCAUGCCUUAUUGCCGUCAUCAGUCCGUCUGUUCACAAGCAUGUCCGCAACUUCACCACAUCUGCCGAUUUAUGGAACACUCUCGCUGCCCGGUAUAAUUCCGUUUCUACCGCUCACAACUAUCAACUACGGGACAAACUUCACACACUCCGAAAAGGUAAAAAAACUAUCACCCAGUACCUUGAUGAAGUUGCCACUAUCCUCACCGAUUUGGAUGCUCUCAACGAGGUUAUUCUUGAUAGAGAUGUGGUGAAUGCUGUUAUCCGAGCGGUCGAGGCCGCGGUCGAGGAGGACCGAACGGUCGACCAUUUUCUGGGCGAGGAUCUGGAUCCGGUCGCGGCGGUCAAAACUACGGAAGAGGGGGAGGCCGCGGACCGUCACGCGAUCUUCCAAUAUGUCAGAUCUGUUCAAAGCGUGGCCACUCUCCUGCUACCUGCUGGUACCGCUAUGAUGAUUCUUCUACUGAGAGUAACUCGACUACCAAUUCUCGUGCUAUGCAUGCAACCACAAGCAACCAAACUGAUAGUGGACAACGAUACGAAUCUGGUGCGGUACACGGGCCCCUGUGAGCAUGGUCUCUAUACCCUUCCCUCCAAGCCUAUCCCUGUUGUGCGUCAAGCUAUCACUGCAUCCACCUGGCAUCGCCGGCUUGGACAUCCGGCUCCUGCUGUUGCCAAGUCUAUUUUGUCUACUUUAGGUUUUGGCCGCUACUCCGCUUCUCCUCCUACUCGCGAUUCCCGUCGUCCAGAAGCUUCUGCCUUCUGCGUUUUGAUUCGGAUCGAGUCAAGCCUAUGCGAUUCAGCCUUCUUCCUUCUUCGCUAAGAGUUCAAGACGGCGACACUCCGACACCGACGCUGCAAUCCCUCUUUAAUUCUUCGUUCUUCCCUUCUUCUUUGUUGAAUAAUAGAGUAAGGUAGAU